CCGCAGGCGGCCAGCCCAGCUGGAGGAAGCAGCGGCGGCGGCGGCCACGAUGAGCGCGGGCGACGCCGUGUGCACCGGCUGGCUCGUCAAGUCGCCCCCCGAGAGGAAGCUGCAGCGCUACGCCUGGCGCAAGCGCUGGUUUGUCCUCCGGCGGGGUCGCAUGAGUGGCAACCCUGAUGUCUUGGAGUACUACCGGAACAAGCACUCCAACAAGCCCAUCCGCGUGAUAGACCUCAGUGAAUGUGCUGUAUGGAGGCAUGCAGGCCCUGGCUUUGUUCGGAAGGAAUUUCAGAACCAUUUCGUAUUCAUUGUCAAGACCACUUCCCGUACAUUCUACCUGGUGGCCAAGACUGAGGAAGAAAUGCAGGUGUGGGUGCGCAGCAUUAGUCAGGUCUGCAACCUCAGUCACCUGGAGGAUUGUGCAGCAGAUUCCAUGGAAAGCCUCCCUCACAUGCUCACCUCCCUCCAGCCAUCUCCUGCCAGCUCCCUUCAUACUGCCCAUGCUGCCAGCUCAACCUUGGCAAGAGGUGACCUAAACACUAAUACCAUAGCCACUGAAGAAACCAGAAGUGAGUCAGAGUUUCUCUUCCUUCCUGAUUAUCUGGUUCUGUCCAACUGUGAGACUGGAAGACUGCACCAUGCCAGUCUUCCCACCAGAUGUGAUAGCUGGUCAAACUCAGACCGCUCAUUGGAACAGACUUCAUCUGAUGAUGUUUUUGUUGAAGGCCUGCAGCCACUACCCUCCAGUAACUUGGUCCACCCCUCACGCCAUGGGAAUGGAUCUCAGGAGAUGCCUUCCAUGAGGCCUCAGGCUGCUCUGAUCUGGAAUAGAGAAAUCAAUGGUCCAUCCAGGGACCACUUGUGUUCUUCACCAUUGUUGGAAACUUCCUUAAAUCCCACUAUUCAUGUGGAUAAAAACCAAGUUUCCUUGCCCUGUGGGGCAAAAGAACUAGACAUUAUAUCCAACAGUCCACCUCCACGGCCCCCUAAGCCAAGGCAUCUCUCUGAAAGGCGCCAAGAUGAGCAGCUCUUAUGGCAUGGGUACAGAAGCAGCAAGAAGCCAGAAUGCACUCUAGUGCCAAGAAGAAUCUCUCUCUCUGGUUUAGAUCACAUGAGAACCUGGAAAGCUGACGUAGAAGGCCAAUCCUUAAGACACCGAGACAAGCGGCUUAGUUUAAAUCUGCCAUCCAGAUUUUCCCCGAUGUACCCCACAGCUUCAACCAGUGCAGAAGAUGGCUAUGUGCCCAUGAGCCCCAAGUCCACUGCCUCUGGUCUUGCACCACCCUGCAGUCAGGAUGACUAUAUUCCAAUGAGCUCAGGAAGCAUCUCAAGCCUGCUUCCUGAGUUACCUGCAGACUUGGAGCCUCCCCCAGUGAAUAGAGAUCUCAAGCCUCAAAGGAAAGCACGGCCACCUCCCCUAGACCUGAGGAACCUCUCUACCAUCCGGGAACACACAUCUCUAACUAGGACCUGCACUGUGCCUUGCAAUCGAACCAGCUUUCUCUCUCCAGAAAGAAAUGAUAUUAAUUCUGCAAGAUUUUUUGCCAAUCCUGUUACCAGAGAAGAGGAAGAAAGCUACAUCCAAAUG